UGUAUCUGUUAUCUGUCAAGUUAAACCCGUGGUAGUACCCUUUUUGACUGACUAAGGCUGCCGUAGUCGGUUGCCAUGGUAGUCAGCGCGCGGUACCGUUACCAUGGAGACGAUUCCAGAUACACAACAAACGGAAGAAAAGAUGAACACCGCGAUUAAAAACCAAGGUGGGAAUGAGAAAACGCGCGGGCACGAGGAGCAGGCGAGCUGCGGUGCGCGUUCUGAAGUGCACGCGCAUGUGAAACAAACCCAAACCCACCCGGGAGACGAGGGUGACGACAUCCAUGACACCCCGACUCUGGUGGGUCUGGUCGUCCGCAGGUACGAAGGAGGAACGUGCGGAGAGGGGGUCGUUCGUUUCGAAGGUGGUCAUAUUUACAAGGGGACGUUGUCCAUGGGACUUAUGGAUGGUCGCGGCGUCUUCACAGGAGCUGACGGCCUGAAAUAUGACGGAGAAUUUGUGUGCAACAUGCCCACGGGCAAGGGCACCUACACCUGGCCCGAUGGCAGCUCCUAUGAGGGGGAGGUGCGCGGUGGCGUGCGGCAUGGGACUGGGACGUACCGCGGUGAACUGGACGCAGCGUCAUACACGGGCCAGUGGGCUCAGGGGAGGAGGCACGGCCAGGGUGUCGUGUAUUACACGCAGGACAAGACGUCAUGGUACAAAGGCGAUUGGGUGAGGAACAACCGAGAGGGGUGGGGGGUGAGACGCUACCCCUCGGGAAACGUUUACUCCGGCGAGUGGAAGAACAACCUGAGACACGGCGAGGGCACGAUGCGUUGGCUGAAUCUGGGACAGCAGUACGUUGGGACGUGGCACAACGGAGUCCAACACGGACGGGGCACGCACGCGCGGGCCGCGCGGCGCGCCGACGGGUCGCGGUGUUGCCAUCGCUACAGCGGGGAUUUCGUCCGGGGUCGUUGUGAAGAGGAACGCAGACGGAACGAAACACACGGCAAGGAUGGGGACGUUUUUGAGGGAGAGAUGAUGAUACUCAACCUGACCGCUGGCAAAGCCUCCACCGCUCCACCCGACGUGCCUCUGAACAUCGAGUGUCUCCUGCAGAGAAUCCCCGAGACAAAGCGCAGCGCCGAGCUCAAACAGGUGGAGUUCGCGGUGCUGAGGGAGCGGGCGGAGCUGCGGUCUGCGUACAGCUUCUACAGCGGACUCGGCCGGGCCCCCUCCCCGGGCGGCAGCUUCCUGCUGUCCCGCCUGCAGCUGUGGCGCCUCCUCAAAGACUGCAACGUCCACCGGCACGGCAUCAGCCCGGCGCAGAUGGACCGCUUCAUCGGCGAGGGUGCCCCCCCAGCGGAGAUCCGCUCUCCUUUCGCUCCCAUCCGUCUGGGUACGCUCCUCAGCUGUCUUGUGAUCGCGGCCUUCCACAUCUACCACAAGGACGCGGCGUCAGAAAAUCACCUCCUGGCAGCCUGCUUUUCCAAACUGAUGACGGACAACGUCCUCCCUAAUUACAAGAACGUUAAAGGCUUCGUGUUUAGGCAGCCGGACUGCGCGGCGGUGGCCGUGAGCUACUCAAAGAGGAGCUGGGACGUCUAUCAGGCCUACAACAGAGGCCGGAAAGUGACCUGCAGACACCUGCUGGGGAUGUUCAAGGAUCUCCGCCUGCUGGACACCAACCUGACCCCUGCGAGAUUACUGCAGAUCAUCACAGCAGAGAGCCGCGACCGCGACAACCCGUCUGCCUGCCUGGACGUGGAGAUUACAUUCCUGGAGUUCUUUGAGGUACUUCUGGGCUCUGCUGAGGUGACGUGUCAGCGGGGGUCCGAAGCGCUGGGGGGGGGCCUGUCCUCCCCAUCAGGCCCCGAGGCAGAGGCCAGUGAGCGUGUCACGGAGACAAGGAAGUCAAAUGAUGCAGCAGAAACGUCCACUGAUCAGAAUGCUGAGAGUCAACAAGAUGUUGAGACUAAAGCCUCUGAGAAACCUCCGUCUGCAGGGCAAAGCAGUGAGACGAAAGAGGAACCAAGCAGAGGAAUUGAGGCACGAGGCUGCGAGGUGGAGCUCCGGAAGCAGACCAUCCACCAGUUCUUCAAACACGUCUUCUUCCCGGCUUUUGAACACAACCAGUUGGUGUCUAGAAGAAUUGAGGAGGAGAAGCUCCGCCGGGAGGCACAGAGACCUCCUGCUCAGCCAAAGCCCCCCCCAGAGGGACAGGCAGCACCUCCAGCAACACACAGCUAGCCUUUUAGCUUGGUCAGCUGAGAGUAUUUUCUAAUCAAUGAAGCCUUCUUCUAGAUUUACCCAAGAAACCAACUUAUUUAAAUGAAGGAAAUCCAAGUUCUUCACUGGGCGCUUUCAUGAUAAAUGCAUCAGAACAGCCACUAGAUGGCAUCACAUCACCGCUCCUACCAGAAGCCCCCAUCGCAGCAGCAUCUCACUCCUGUGUUACAGGUAGAGGGGCCAUUGUUUCUGUCUGAACUACAGUGACCAAUAAAAUAAAACGGGGAUAAAUGAA